CGCUGAAGACUCGACUUCCCUUGGUGACGCACGUCUGAUUACUGGUGCAGAGGCUGAAGUAGGACUGAGUGACCGACAAAACCACUGGAGGUAUCAAGGUCAACAUCAAAACCCCUGCUACAAGUUCAAGUGCAUUGCAUUCCAGAAUUUGUAACAAUGAGUCUUAUCGGUGUUCAAAAUCAUGGUAGAGAAAAUCUCAACAGCAGAUGCAGCAUGUCGGCAUCACAAGGUCCUACUUCAGCCUCUGCACCAGGGCGUGGGCAGCAUCCUUGGCAAACAGACCAUGCAAAUGCCGAGGAUACUGCCACGCCUACGUGUGUUGGGGAUCCAGCACUGCUAAUUCCUAGCACAGAAGCUUCUGCUGUAGAAGGCUCAAACCCAGAAUGUAGUAGUGCUUGCUCCCUAGUGUAUGGUGCAGAGGCUCAAGUAGGCCUGGACGUAGAUCCAAAAUAUUCAAGUGAAAUUAUAAGGCUUGGAUCAUUUGCAAUUUGGCCAGACAGGAAUGCAAAUAUAAAACCCCGCAAGAUGGCAAAGGCUGGACUGUUCUUCACAGGACAAGGUGAUACAGUACAAUGCUUUCAAUGUGGUAGAACAUUUAGUGGAUGGAUGGAGGGGGAUGUACCCCUUCAAAAACAUUACCAAGAGAACCCAGACUGUCAAUUUGCAAGAGAACUUUUUUUGAGAGACAAUGCACCCCUACGAUCUCAUAGCAGCAUUUCUUCAGCACCUAGUGGUGUGGACGUACCAGACAAUGCUACAUCUGCCGCAUUAAACAUUGGUGGACAUCAAUCUUCUUCUAGCCCGGGAAACGAUGCUCCUGAUUCAUGUAUUCAACCAAUGCAAACAUUAUCCAUAAAUGCUGCAAGUAACGCAUGCGCAGCUUCUGACUUUUAUGCAUAUGACACUGUUGACUCUCCAAGAAAUCUAAAAAAUUGCAGUGAACACUGUCCAAAAGACUUGAACACAGAGCUUCAUAGAGUCCACACUUUCUUUGGCUGGCCAGAAGGAACACCAGUUCGCCCAGAACGGUUGGCAAAGCUUGGUUUCUUCUAUCUCGGGGUCCGAGACAAAGUUGAGUGCGCAUUCUGUGGAGGUGUUCUCCACCAAUGGGAGGAGGGGGACGAUCCAAAGACGGAACAUCAGCGACAUUACCCACACUGUCCCUUCAUACGGAACUGUGCAACCUCUAACGUUCCACUGGACAACCCUGCAACCCCUAAUGUUCCCCAAGACAGCCCUGACAGCUGUACAGAGCAACAGUCAAGUGGACAGUGGAGGAACUUUGCCCAGCAGGAUUCAACGGUCGAACAACAACAAUCUGAGAGGCGUGGGCACAUAGAGAGUGAACCACCUCCACCGCCUGGUGGAACCGACCAUCCCAAACAUCCAGAGCUGUCAUCAGAAGAAGACCGACUGUCAACAUUCUUCCGCUGGCCACUUUACAGUCCUAUAUCACCACGCAAGCUUGCACAGGCUGGGUUUUAUUAUACAUAUAUUGAUGACCAAGUCAAGUGCUACUGGUGUGAGGGAGGCCUGAAGGACUGGCAGGCAGGGGACGACCCUUGGACAGAACAUGCGCGCUGGUACGGGGAGGAGUGUGGCUUUGUGCUACGAGAACGAGGCAUUGGCUAUGUCCGUCAGAUAAAGAACACCUUUCCUUCACUCGUACAGGUUGCACAUCACUACUCACAGCAGGACUUUGUUCAGGACUUCAUAGUAGGUGCUGCAAAUGUCACAGUCCAAGUAGGGGAGGGGGACCCGGAAGAUGAGUUUGAGGAACGCGUCUUAGAUGCCAUGGACUCUAGAGUAGUAAGGAACGUUGUAGAAAUGGGCUUCGGCCAGCAGAACGUAGAGAUUGUCGUACGCAGGAGGCUCCGUGCACGUAGAGGACCUUUCACAACCAUGACAGACCUUGUUGAAGCAUUGCUAGCAAUGGAUGACAACGAAGAACCAGCAGAAGAUCCCUACACAGAAGAUGAGGAGGACAGAAAUGCGGUGGGGCCAACACCAACUGGAAACCAGGAGCCAGCUGUAGAGCAGAUGGAAGAGCCUGAAGAUGAAACACCUGCUUCAAUGGAGGAACUUCAACGGAGGCUUCAACGAAUGAAAGAAGAGCGCAUGUGUAAAAUUUGCAUGACUAAUGAUGCCACCAUGGUGUUCAUUCCAUGUGGCCACCUGUGCUGUUGUGAGGGCUGUGCUCACACUAUGAGAUCAAGAGGGAGAAAGUGCCCAAUAUGCAGAGCACGCAUCCUGAAAGUCCAGCGUGCUUUCCUCGCUUAUUCAAAGCAAACAAAAAGAAAAAGGGAGAAAUAUUCACAAUUAAAAGCAAACAUGGCCCAAGGAUACGGCACCAAAGGACAGGACGAACCUGAUUUGGUGAGAGACAUGGCAAGACUCGGACGAGCGGAGGCAACACUGCCAACAGCAAGGGAAAACGGUCAACAAGAAAACCUUCCUCAGUCGGAAAUUUGCCUCUCUGUGGCCAUUAACAGGAUGGCAUCUUUUGCUCUUUUAAAUAAUUUGCUAUUGUCAAUGAAUGUCCGUAAACUAGCCAAUGCUGGGCUAUACUAUCCAGGGACUGGAAACAAACUUGUCUGUUACCGGUGUAAUGGGGCGAUAGAUAUAGAAAGUUGGACAGAUCACAACGAGCCAAUAGGAAAACACAACCGACUAUAUCCACAAUGUUCAAACUCGAAAGCGUUAGAUGUUCCAGAUGGAGGAAGUGGCCAUCGUUUCAAUGGAGAAUGCAAGACACAAAGACCGCUGUCGAGUCUUAAAUAUGAAAGUAAGAUCGAUUCGACAGAUGCAGGUGCUUCGAAUUCAAAGAAAACUGUUGUGAACGACGUACGAUCGUGCAGCAGCUUGUGCCCAAAAGACCUGAAUACCGAACUCCACCGCUUACACACGUACUACGGGUACGGAUGGCCGAUGGACACGCCCGUAUCUCCAGAACAGUUGGCAAAACUGGGCUUCUUCUAUCUUGGUGUACGAGAUAAAGUAGAGUGUGCGUUUUGUGGCGGGGUUCUACACCAGUGGGAGCAAGGAGAUGAUCCCAAAGUCGAACACGAACGACAUUACUCCCACUGUCCUUUCAUUCGGGGGUACGCAACCGCAAACGUCCCGCUAGAAUCUACCAGACAGCCUACUACGUCGCAUGAGGAUACGAACGGCACUGCAAAGUUAUCGCCCUUUAUUCGACAAUCUAGUUUACCUCAGUCAGCAACAUUGAGCUCACAGUGUCAACAGCAGAGUCGCUACUCACAUGAGACAGAAAAACGACCUCAAACAGAGAAUAAAAAGGGCCCAAAACGCCCCGAUCUGUCGUCCGAAGAACUGCGAGUCUCCACGUUCUUGAGAUGGCCGCUGUACAGUCCUAUUGCACCGCGGAAACUGGCACAGGCUGGGUUCUAUUACACAUAUAUGGAUGACCAGGUGAGGUGUUUUUGGUGCGAUGGCGGCCUGAAGGACUGGCAGGCGGGGGAUGACCCAUGGACGGAGCAUGCGCGCUGGUACGGGGAAGAGUGUGACUUUGUUCUGCGCCAGAAAACCCUCAGCUUUAUCCAAGAAGUCAAACGGCGCCAUCCAGUGCUGGGACAGGUUCGUCAGGAGGAAGAGACGUUCAACCAAGCCUUCGUGUCCAGUGGCGCAGUCACCAUUGGGUCUCAACAGGCCGGCGUACAGAACCCACAGACGGAGACACCGUACCACGCCAUGUUUCAGGAAGCCAUGGACUCACGUCUGAUCCAGAGCGCUCUCGAGAUGGGCUUCGAGCGUCAACAGGUGGAAAACAUCGUCCAUAAGCAACUGAGGAGGCACGGGAGACCGUUCGCGAAGAUGACAGACAUUGUAGAGGCUCUCCUAGCUCACGGGGAGGGUCAGAAUGGCUCCGAGGAUGAGGACAAGAAGAACGCGGCUGAGGCAAAGACUCAAACCACACAGGAGAGUCCACCUGUGUCCGGAGCACAGGCCCCACCGGACCCAAGUGAGGCACAACUUGCCGCACAAGGUGUUGAGGAGAACCCGGCCCCCUCUGACGUCAGCAGCCUCCAGCGGCAGCUGCAGCAGCUGCUUGAGGAGCGCACGUGUAAGAUCUGCAUGGACGAGAGCGCGUGCAUGGUGCUCAUCCCGUGCGGACACAUGUGCUGCUGUGAGAACUGCGUGCAGAUGCUGCGCGCGCGCGGAGGGAGGUGCCCCAUGUGCCGGGCCCGCAUCCAGCGCGUCCAGAAGACGUUCAUCGCCUGAUGUCGGAUGAGAUGAACUUUCCAGCCGUCAGUGUAACGUGUGAAGAUACUACACCUGUACUGCAGUCUUACUAACUCUAUACUACAGUGAACCACCAGUGCAAUGGCCUCAGUUAAGGGAAGAGCGUUCAAUAAUAUAAAGAAUAAUCUUGAUUUUACAUAGCUUUAUAUUGUCCUUUCGACCUUGUAUUUAAGAGUAGAACUGAACCGAUGCCCCAUUAUGUACAUUUAAAAGAACAUUUAUGAAUCAUUACUACCACGUGGGCCUCGUUGGACUCAACAAGUAACUAUAUGCAGUAUUAAACAUGGUAAAAUUGGAUUUUAAGAUUCUGUUCAGAAUCAUAUACUAAAUACAUUCACAAGAGCCGUAAUUAGGUACAUGUACAUGUAUUGUAAUUGUAAGCUAUAGUUGUAACCAGCGGCUAGACAGAUACAACAUUUAUUGUAUUUGAAAUAAAGCAAUGAUACGGUAUUGGACCAAGACAAGAAGGAUCUGCUCUCUAGAUUAAUCAUGAUGAUCUUUAUUGAUACAACAAAAGAACAGCGACUUUUGUAAGGUCUACUACAACUAUAUAUCUGAACAAACAGGUUUAUACGAUCACCCACCUGCAUGAAUCUCUAUGAAUAAGUAUCAAUAUAUCAACAUGAUGAGUCUAGAGUAUCAUUUACACCAUUGGUUCUAAGGUAUAAACAUUCUUUGAUAUAUUUCCCAAUUUGUACAAUGUAAAGUAAAUUAAAUGAAAAUAUUAUCAAAUGUCUACUACUCUGCUUUGCUCUACUCUGCUCUGGACAGAAAUUAAAACAUACACAUGCUUAGUGUAGUCUGUCCUGAUAAUAAUUAUAGCUUCUUAUGAUGAAUGACUGAAAGCAAAAGUGCACUACAGAUUAUGCAUAAUUCUCCAUACACAUAUUUCUAUAGAUUCAGAAACAUGAUUAACCUUAUAUUCAACCACCAACUGAUUAAACUCUACAUUGAAACAGCGUGGUCCCAUUACAC